UGAAAUUCGUAUCUCCAUCGAAUAUCCACAAUGGAUGUAUUUUCUGGCUUCGAUGGGACACUGAAUAUGCAAGACAACUGUUGCGUGAUGAUAUGCCCCCUGAAUGCUUGAAUCAUCCUGUUAUUAUCAUUAAUACUGAGGGGCUGGAUGACUCGGUGACUGUUGUUUUGAUGACUUCGUUCCACAAUAAACCCCUCCCAGAAAACUCGAGAAAAUGGGCGUUUCACCUCCCCGUCCAAUCAGCCACACCUCACCCAACAUACAGAACCAUCUUACGAUUGACGGAUGCGUCAGCUUGGGACAACAGAAGGCACAGCUACGCAAACAUCAAAACAACGUACCAGGUCAAUCGGAGACUGAUCAAGCCAUGGUGGGAUAAUAAGUGGUUUCAACUUACACCAGAGUCAUUUCGAGACUUGGUAUCCAUUAUUUCCGUCGCUCAAGGGUUGAGAAGUGUUUCAUUGUCAAGGCCUACCAAAUAUAGCGGAACCCCCAACUAUGGCACUAUGGGUCCUGAGAUGAGCCCUGAACGGGUAUCUAUCUCUGCUGCUGGGAUGGAUAGCUCAACAACAAUCACUCCCCUGCUUCGAGGACAUCCGGAGGAACAACGACAGCUGCCCUACUGGAGUGCACCUUUGCCAGAUCCACCACGUGUUUACUUCGAUCGGAAUCAGUGGGAAGAAAAGGGAUAUUCUGCUAUGUGCACUAAGUGGUGUCUUAUUGUUUCUAUCUGCUUGUUAGUUGUUGGCUUAUGUGUGAUCGCGAUUCUCUUUAACGCUUAUACUUGAAUAUCAG